AGAAGAACAGGGUUGAGGGUUACAGAAGUUGUAAAUAAAUAGGAGGAACAGUGUCAGUGGGCAUCAAGGGAAAGGAUGAGGGGAAGUGACAGAAAGUAGGAAGAACAGCUGGGUAUUUAGAGGGAGAGUGAGCAGCACCUCAUUUCUCCAUUUUCCAUGCUGGUAGAAGACAAGGAUGAAAUCCUGGAUGAUUGCUGAGGGUGGGGUAAAAAAAAACUUCCCAAACCCCCAACCAUUCAUGAACUAGUCUUAUGUCUGAAUUCUUUUCAGCAUUUGCUCCAGAGCAGCACCAGGGGAUGGUAGGCUACAUUAGUUCCUUUGAUUCCCCAUGAGAUGGAGUAGCUAUUUAGCAGAGAAAAUGCUCAGAGGUGGGAAGACAGUAGGAAAGAAUGUCCUAUGAGGAGGACCUACUGAGGGAAUAGGGCAUGUUUAACCUGGAAAAUGGAAAAUUCAGGGAAGAUAUGGUAGCUGUUUUCAAGUAUUUGAAGAGCUGUCGUGUGGAAGAGAGACUACACUUGUUCUUUUUGCCCCCAAAGGACAGAUGAACGUGUUGAGGGGCAAAUUUAGGUUCCGUGUCAGGAAAAACUUGCUAACAGAACUGUGUAAAAGUAGAAUAGGUUGCCUCAAGACAUGGUGGGCCCUCCCUCCUUGGAGGUCUUCAAGCAGAAGCUGGCCUUGUUGGGUAUGUUAUAGUGGGGUUUCCUUUCAUGUAUGGGGUUGGAUUAGAUGUCUGAGGAGGUUGAUUCCAGCAUUCGAAUUCUGUGAAUCUCUGAAAGGCAAAGAGGAUUGGGUAAGAGUACAGAGAUUUGGAGUCAGAGGGCACGAGUUUGAAUCUCAGUUCUGCUAUUUAUCAUUGGGCGUGACUUUGGGCAAGUUACUUCCUUUCUGGAUCUUAGCUUCCUCCUCUAUAAAAUUAGAGGAUAGGUCCCUAAAUGAUCUUCUUAGGUUCUAUCCAGCUUUUUGUCCCAAAGGCCUAAUUCUCAGGCUAGAUCACCAGAUCCCAGAGAAAUCAGGAAAUUCUAGGGAAACCAGCCUCAGUAUAGGAAAGACAGAAAGAUAAAAGCAGAUGAAUGCAAGGGAUCCACAGAGACUGAGAUUCUUCUCUAGCUACCCAGCAAAGGCUGGGCAAAAUAUUUUUUACUUAAAAUAGAAUACACAUUCGUCUUUAUCAAGAAAGACAGUUGACGGAUUGUAACCUUCUCUAUAAUGGUCAAUGGUUGGUCUUGCUCAUUAGUUAAGAUUCUCCCUGGGAAGGGUCGCUUCCUUCCUUCCUCUGUAUGCACUGCUGAUCCCAACUUCAACACUCUCAGAAAUGGGGGCUUCCUUACAUGAAUGCCAAAGGCUUAGUCAGAGCAAAGAGUAACUCUACACAAAAGGGGAAGUAAGGGAGCCCCUCCAGAAGCAGGCAAAGAGAAGGGAAAAGCAAAGAACAGAAGUGGGUUAAGAGGCAGAGUCCUAAAGGGAAAAGCAUGAGCAGCAAAGAGAAAUUAUAGAAGAGGGGCACAAAGCCAUGAAAGGACACACUCACCCUCAAAUGAAUUUAGGGAGUCAGCAGAGAAGACAGUGGAGAUUUGGAAGGAUGGGGCUGGAAAAAAAGAAAAAACCCAGGGAACCAGAAGCGGGUUAGAAGAAGGGGCUACCCUUUGGGAGCAAAUACGAGACACAAGAGUGGAAGAGUCGACCCUGGCAGAUGUUGAAAAAACAAGAGCAUUGACUCACCAGACUCCAAGCCUUGGCUCCAGGAAGAUGGCAGCAGAAGAUCAACAGACCAGUAUGGCUGCCACUGCUGCCGUCAGCCCCAGUGAAUACCUGCAGCCCGCUGCCUCCACUGCCCAGGACUCUCAACCAUCACCCUUAGCCCUACUUGCCGCAACAUGUAGCAAAAUUGGUCCACCUGCAGUAGAAGCUGCUGUAGCCCCUCCUGCUCCCCCCCAGCCCACACCACGGAAACUUGUUCCCAUCAAGCCUGCCCCUCUUCCCCUUAGCCCUGGCAAGAACAGUUUUGGGAUUUUAUCCUCAAAAGGAAACAUACUCCAAGUCCAAGGUUCACAACUGGGUACAUCCUACCCAGGUGGUCAACUGGUGUUUGCUAUCCAGAACCCUACAAUGAUCAACAAAGGAGCCCGAUCCAGUGCCAACAUUCAAUACCAAGCAGUUCCUCAGAUUCAAGCAGGCAGUGGGCAGACCAUCCAAGUCCAGCCUAACCUCACCAACCAGAUCCAAAUCAUCCCUGGCACCAACCAAGCCAUUAUCACUCCUUCCCCAUCCAGCCACAAGCCUGUCCCAAUCAAGCCCGCCCCCAUCCAGAAGGCUGGCUCUGGUGGCAUGGUGAAGCUUACAGGUAGUGGUGGCAAUGUGACCCUCACCCUGCCUGUCAACAACCUAGUGAGCACCCCAGACUCUGGCACCCCAACUCAGCUGCUCACUGAGAGCACCCCUGCCCCACUGGUCAAGCCGAACAAAAAGAUGAGGAAAAAAGGCGUUUCUACCUCCUCACAGCCGGCUGUGGCAGUUGCUGAACAAGUAGAGACUGUGCUGAUUGAGACGACUGCAGACAACAUCAUCCAGGCAGGGAACAAUCUCCUCAUUGUGCAGAGUCCUGGAGGGGGCCAGCCUGCCAUGGUUCAGCAGGUGCAAGUGGUACCCCCCAAGGCGGAGCAGCAGCAAGUGGUACAGAUCCCCCAACAGGCCCUUCGAGUGGUGCAGGCAGCCUCCGCUACACUCCCCACUGUCCCCCAGAAGCCCUCCCAAGACUUUCAGAUUCAAACACCUGAGCCAACACCGACUCAGAUCUACAUCAGAAUGCCUUCAGGGGAGCUGCAGACAAUACUCCUACAAGAACCCCCUUCGGUGACAGUACCCGCUGCCUCCACCACCUCUAGUAGUAGCAGCCCUGUAGCCCGGGGCCCUCACUUGGGUGGCACCAGUAAAAAGCACUCAACUGCUGCUUCCCGAAAGGAACGGCCCCUGCCAAAGAUUGCUCCUGCUGGAGGCAUCAUCAGCCUGAAUGCAGCCCAGCUGGCUGCUGCUGCCCAAGCUAUGCAGACCAUCAAUAUCAAUGGUGUCCAGGUCCAGGGUGUGCCUGUCACGAUCACCAACACUGGAGGGCAGCAGCAGCUCACUGUCCAGAAUGUUUCUGGGAACAACCUGACCAUCAGUGGCCUGAGUCCUACACAGAUUCAGCUGCAGAUGGAACAGGCUCUGGCAGGAGAGGUCCAGCCUGGGGAGAAGAGGCGUCGAAUGGCUUGUACUUGUCCCAACUGCAAGGAUGGGGAGAAAAGGUCUGGAGAGCAGGGUAAAAAGAAGCACGUGUGCCAUAUCCCUGACUGUGGAAAGACCUUCCGAAAGACCUCAUUGCUGCGUGCCCAUGUGCGCCUGCAUACUGGAGAGCGGCCCUUCGUCUGUAAUUGGGUCUAUUGUGGAAAGAGGUUUACUCGUAGCGAUGAACUCCAGCGGCACGCAAGGACCCAUACAGGUGACAAGCGUUUCGAGUGUGCCCAGUGUCAGAAGCGCUUCAUGAGGAGUGACCACCUAACCAAGCAUUACAAGACCCAUCUGGUCACAAAGAAUUUGUAAAGCCAGCAGCAGCCGUUGGAAGGCCCUGCAGAUUUGACUCCAAUUCAGCCUGGGGCCCCCAGAGUCAGAGACACCAUGGCUGAUUCCCUGCCCCUUUAUUCCCUGACUUCGGGCCUCGGAGAGAGGGGCUUCAGUAACCAUGUUUCCUCCUUCCUAAGCCAUUUGGCUGCCACAACAGCCCCUCUUCUCUCCCCCAUAAGCUCCUGGCCCAGAUCCCGGACAUUGGCCAUGUACAAUGAGACGUUCUAAACCAGGACGAAUGGGAACCUUUAUUUCCAAAGGAAAAACAUGAAUUUCACUCCGUCGAGGAGCCAAGUGAGAGUCCCCUUCUUUUCUCCUCUCCCAUCCCAUAGCACUGAUGUGGCCCAGGGCAGGGGAGUCAGAAAGGAGACACAUCCCCCGUGCUACCCUCUCUCCUGUGGGUCUGUCAUACCCUACUCCCACCUGAGGGCAGCAUGGCAGCAACAUAAAGAACACUUGGGACAUUGUCCCAGAGCCCCCAUUCGAGGGCCACCCACAGAGAAAGUGGGAAGGACACCUGCCUCCCUCCCCCUAAAAAGCAAAAUACUUUCUUCCAGCACAUUCCAACUUUAUAUUUUAAAAUAUAUAUAACCACAGACUCCUCCUGAUCUUCCCUGUUUUUCUAUGAAGAACGUUGCCUUAUACUCUACUUCAGAUAAUGAACACUGUGUAUUGUGUGCGCUUUUAAAUAAUUUUAUUUAAUUGCUCCCUUCUUCCUUUCCUUAUCUUUCCCCUUCCCCCAUUCCUCUUUUUCAGUUUGGGGUUGGGGGAGGUUUAGGGGGUUGUUUUUGUUUUUGUUUUGGACAAUGAUGAACAGAAAAACAUUUUUUCUCUCCAUAGACUUUUCACUUCUAAAUAACGUAAAAUGUCAAUUUGAAUCCAGAAUCUUUUUUUAAAGAACCCUCACAUACAUAAAAACAUACUGUCCCUCCCCUUCCACUUUUUUUCUCACCCCAUAUCCCCAUUCAGAUCCUGUUUGUGUAUAGUGUAUAUUGUAUAAUAGACAAUAUUGUGUCUACUACAUGUUUAAAAACAUAUUGCUUGUUAUUUUUGAGGCUUUUAAAUUAAAACAAAAAUCCACUUUAUUUUUAGUUGUAACUGCUUGAGGUAUGUUUUUUGAAUUAAGUGACAGAUUUGUUAUCCUUUAUUAACAGUGUACUUUGUUGGUCAGCACAGAGCUGGCAAAUAAUUUUUUCUUGCUAAUAAAUUUAGUUGCCUAAGGCAAAGUCA